GGAGUAAGCGGAUGAGAAGAGGCGCGCUUCCUCUGCAUGUCCUGUUCCGCGCGUCGUGCGCAGCCGGAGGCGCACAAACCUGCGGGUUUCCGCCCCUCCGCCGGGGCGUCACUCUUUUCACUUCAGUCCAGUCCCCCUGCCUGAACUUACACACACACACAUACACUCAAUCACUGUCCCGUGCACAAGUCCCCACACGCACACAGACACACUUUCACAGUCAGUGCGGCGUUCGCAAAUAAUCGCUGUGCCUGUUGCGCUCCGCGCUUGUUUCCAUCUUAAGUGACGCAGAAGAAGACGAGUUGGAUUUACCAAAAAGAUCCCUUUUUGAAGUUGUGUUUGUUUUGUGGAGUUGUCAGAAGACUUAGUUUCCUGGGAUUUCCAUGCGCGUCUAAUGUUGUUGCCAAAUGAGAUGCCUAAUUUCGAGUCAAAUUCCUCAACAGCUCGGCUGGAUUAAAAUCUUGAUUUAAUGGGCAAAAUGAAUAAUUCCGUGAAAUAACUUCGGAUUCCGGACCAGAGGAUUUCAAGUGAUUAUUCAGUCUACAACCCAUCAUCCUGCGAGUGAAGAUGUAUCGAGUUUUCUGCUGGCCAUCUGCAUUGCUGGCUGCAUCGGUGCUUGCACUUGUGGUGUCCAGAAGUCUGUCCUGUCCCAGGAGCUGUAACUGUUACCAGACUAAUGAAGUUCACUGCACUUUUCGAUCAUUGCUCACUGUACCCCCUGGCCUGCCCGCGCAAACACGACGCAUAAACUUAGGGUUCAACAGCAUUCGCAGGCUCCAGAACAAAUCGCUGUCUGGGCUGAGGAGGGUAGAACUUCUGAUGCUCCACAGCAAUGACCUCCAUCAUCUUCCAGAUGCCGUUUUCAGAGAUAUGAAUUCACUUCAGAUCCUAAAACUAAGCUAUAACAAACUGAGAGAGAUCUCCUCAACGUUGACCUUCUCUGGGCUGACUUCACUGCUGCGCCUGUACUUGGAUCACAACCUCCUCCAGCACAUCCACCCCCGGGCCCUGCUCCAGCUGCCUAGCCUCAGGCUGCUUCGUCUGCAAGGGAACAGGCUGCAUCAGCUGCACCCUCACACUCUGUGCACACUGUCCCUCCUGAACACUUAUUAUUUUUCUACACUCAGACAUCUGGACCUUUCCAACAACAGUCUAACCACUUUGCCAAAAGACAGUCUGGCAACAGCACCUCUGCUGGAGACUCUCAUUCUGCACUCCAACCCAUGGAGUUGUGACUGUAGACUGAACUGGUUUCUCCCUUGGAGUCUGGCUCACCCAGGCAUAAUGAAAUGCCCCAAUGGUCCUCAAUGUCCAGUCUGUGCCUUGCCAACUUCACUUCAAGGGCAGGGCUUGCUCGACCAGCCAGCAAUGUUAUGCUCUUCACCCGUCAUCCACUCCCCAGGAAAAGAGACAUUUUUGGAACCUGAGCUCAGUGAAAUACAAUCAAGCGAGACUUUCAGAGAACCCUUGGGUAGCGUUUCUUUGGGUCUGUCUGACCAGCAGGGGAACAGUGUUGAUCUAAGUUGCAACAUCACUCAUUCUUCUGACUCCCAGGAAAUGACUCUUCUUCCAGAUAAGUCUGUGACGUCCUCUUCUCCCCUCUCCCUCUCUUUGUCACUCACUUUGGAGUGUUUUAUGGUGGAACAAAGCUAUGAAAAACUUUGGAGGAUUCUAGCUUAUUACAGUGACACUGCGGCUCAAUUUGAGCGAGAAAUCAUGCUUAGUAAGGCCCCUGAGUUAGCCUACCGCUACAAGCAGACAUCAGAGACUACUGGAUACUAUCACACUGGAGUCAAAGCUUCUGUUAAAGCUAAACUGCACUGGUUACUGCAAUCGGCCAUAGGCAUUCAGCUUAAUAGAGUGCAGUCUAGUAGACAUAAAGUUCAACUUAUAUACACAACUAGAGUUUUAGCUCCCCCUGACCUAAUCUCUAACCACUCUGCAUCUUCUAUUACUUCUCAUCCAUGGGUUUUGAUUUCAUCUAAUAACUCAUUUACAUCUUAUGUUGCAACAGCACGCAGUAAUAUGGAAUUAUCUUGCCCUAUUCUCAGUUCUGGCAACCCUAAGGUUUGGUGGAUUCUGCCAGAUGGAUCCAAAAUCAUUGCCUCUUCCAACAAUGUAGAUGGAAGACUCCAAGUCACAGCUUCAGGUUUAUUACUACAAAAAGUACACCUCUCAGAUGCUGGGAUUUACUACUGUGUUGCUGAGGUUAGAAGGGAUAUAGAUGUUCUCCCACUUCGCUUAGCAGUGGAGGAGUCUUCUAUUCCUCACUCAGGAGAGCUGGUUGGACCCCCUGUCAUGGCAACAGUUGGGGAAAAUGUCAGUCUGUCCUGCAAGAUGUUUGGUUCUCCACAACCUGAGAUAAGUUGGAUUUUACCAGAUGGAAACAUACUAAGAAGGGGGUUAGCUUCCUCGAUGGGGCUCAUGAUUCAAUCCAAUGGAAGUCUAUCCCUGCUCAACCCUUCUCCAAGGGAUGUUGGUCAUUAUCGCUGCAUUGGGGUCAACCAGUAUGGAAGUGACUCUCUAUCUUUUCCACUGAAAUUAAAUCCAAAGCAUAUUAUGCCUUUUGAAAUGUUGUUUCCCAAAGGACCACAGUCCGCCUCUGGACGGUCAACUAAAAUACGAGCUCCUUUAUUUCAUCAAGCAGGAGAAGGGUCAGGGGAUGAUGUUGAACAAGAGGAACCAAGAGGACCUGCUAACAACAAAGAGCGCCCAGUGUUGUUUGAGUCACAUCCACAGAGAAGGUAUCGAGGUGAAAAAGUAGAACAACGUGGUCCUAUGAGAGAGGGCCCUUUAAGACGGGGUGGAAGACCUGUUUUAGCCACUGAGCGAAGAAGAAACCGCUUUCAGAACAGAAACAGAGGAAGCACAAACAGACUCAGGCUUGAUCCUCAGAAAUGGGCCGAUCUGCUGGCUAAGAUCCGUCAAAAAACUGCAAACAUCAGCAGCAGCCAGCUCACAAAAGGAAACCCCACGGCUGAGCCUAAGCAAGGAAAUGAGGAUGGUGGUGGAAUCAGAGACAGAACUCAAAACAUUGGGACAGAAACAGAAACCGAAGGGUCAUCAGAGGAUGAUGCUGUUGUACAAGACAAAAUGUCACAGCCUGUUCAAUUUCCCCAUGCAGAACCACAAAUUAAUACUGAGAUAAAAACACAUGCAGAUGCCGAGACAGAUGUAGAAAUGCCAACAGAAAAACAUAUACCUCCUAAAAAUGAAGCAGAUACUCACACACAGACUGAAAAAGUAAACCCAGUUACAAAGACACCAUCAAUUCCAAUAGUAACAAAGACACCAUCAAUUCCAAUAAAAAAGAAUGAAACUAUACUGCCUCACUCAAACUCAGAAGCAAAGAAAAUUGUUUUAGAAACAAAAGAGGGCCCAAAGCAGGGAAUAUACCCCAGGCCAGGUAGUAGUUGGCCCCGUCAGCGACUUCUGCCGAAUGCAGUUCCAAACUCUCGAAAUCAAAGCCAUUGGAACUUACAAAGAAAGCUUGGAAAACGAAGAAGAUUAGGAUGGCCCAGGGUUCGACCUGGAACUUCACCUCAGCCUCUCCCUGAUGUCAUGAGGCCAAGACCACAAGCUGUGUUCCCUGACUCUAGGACAAGUCCAACUAAUUUAUUACAGACAGUACCAACAACCACUUUUAUGCCUGUUUUAUUGACAACUAACCAAAUUGAUGCUUCAAAUAUUGAUCCAUCUCUGUAUUCUCAGUCCUACAGUCCUCCUGGCACUUCAGUUUCCCCCACUACAGACUCUACGGGACCCCCAUUAUCUCCUUUUGCCAUUAAUAGGUCCACAUUCACAGACCCAGUGAGUCAGUCUAGUAAGACAUCACAAAGCAAAAAGUCCACUCUAAACAAAAAACAAACCCCCACUCUGUCCAAAACUGUGAUUUCAGAGGAGCGUGUGCCAGACACACAUGAUGCAACAUUUACACAUGGCACACUCACUCAUGCAGAAACAAAGUCAGCCUCUGCCAAAAGUACUGAAAAACCCGUGAGCACACACAGUAAAGAUCUAGAGGGGGAUAUCUUGGACAAGUCCCACUUUUCUACCACUCACAGUUUUUAUGCUUUCUCAGUCCCCAAAGAGUCUUCCAAACUCCCUACUGCAAGAACAAUCAUGAGAAAUACGUCAACAUCUCCCAAGAGAGCUAGUUAUGAUGGCAGCACAUCAGGAUCUCUGACUAAUGAGAACAUACUUUCCAACAGUCACAGAACGACUACAAAGAGUCCCUUCUUGUCUGCUUCAAAUAAUAGUGUUACUCCGACAACAACCUUUGCCAUUGAGCCUUUAUCCUCUGACACUACCACCAUUACCUCUACUACCACUUCUACCUCAGUGACCUCUUCAACUCCUGUUUUUUCUACUAUUUCAACCACUGGAACCAUAACCAGUACUUUAAACCCCCUUGACGAUAUGUUUAAUACCACCUCUGAUCCUGCAAAUAGGAAAAAGGAUGCUACAGUCUCAUUUGACAUCAGCCCUGGAAGUUCCACAGCCUUUUCAACCAUUUCCAAAAAAAUGACAACCAUAUUCUCAUCUUCAACAAGCCCUUUAGUGAUCAAAACUGCUCCAUUAAAUACAAUAGAAUCUACACAAAGAGGGCUUUCUAGCACCACCAUAACAAUGACUACAACCAGUCCCAGAUCCUCAUCCAGACACUUUGAUGAAGUUGACCCCAGAGCAAGCCCUGCCUCUGUUGCUCCAGCCUGGAGUCAACAUCCCACUGACUGGAAGAGCAGUGAGGCUAAUUCCAUUCCAGAUUCCCACAAAAGCAGAUCUCCCUAUCCUACUUCUGCUUUGCAUCCUGCUGCUCCUUUGGCUCCAGCUGUGAGUUCUAGACCAAGAAUUGCAGACCCACACACCAGAACAGUUUCAUUUCCUGCAGAGAGCAUUGCAAUGCUGGCUUGUGAAGCUGAAGGACAGCCAAAGCCCUCCAUCAUAUGGACCAAGGUUGCCACAGGAGCAAUGAUGUCAAUACAUUCAAGAGGACAGCGUUUUGAGGUCUUGCCAAAUGGCACACUUGUUAUAAAAAAUGUUCAGCCUCCGGACCGGGGCACAUACAUCUGCAGUGCAAACAACUUCCUUGGGCGAGACAGGUUGCUUACUACACUGGAAGUCUGGACCCGCCCUCCUCGAAUGAGGCUGGGAAGUUACAGAGAGGUGACCAUUCAUCAAGGAGGAGAAGUUCACCUGGAGUGCCAAGCAGACGGAGCUCCCUCCCCUCUGCUCUCCUGGGUUCUGCCUGAUGGUUCUACUCUAACUCCUGGCACCCGCUCGGAUCGAGUCAUCAUGAGCACAAAUGCAACCCUUUUUAUUUCUGCAACUCUACCGAGUGACAGGGGAGUGUACCGAUGUGUAGCCUCCAACUCGGCUGGUUCUGCAAGUGCCUCUGUGCGUGUGCACGUGUCUUCUUUGCCACCAGUAAUACAGCAACCCAGAAAAGAACACCUGCUUUUGCCUCCAGGGAUGUCUGUUUUUGUUCACUGCUUUGCCAGAGGUGCUCCGCCACCAACUCUGCGAUGGCGAAUCCCCAACGGAACCCUUGUUCGUCCGUCUCAGUUCCUCCCUGGCAACCUCUUUGUUCUGCCUAAUGGUACACUGCAUAUUCGCAGUGUUGAGUCAAGGGACAUGGGGGACUAUGAGUGCACAGCUAGUAAUGUUAUGGGGAGUGCUAAGAGGACAGUGACGGUGGAAGUUACAGGGGGAACUGACGAGAAAAUCCCAAGUGAAGAUACAAAAGAAGCCGUCUCUAAAAAUUCAUCUUUAUCUUCAAAAAAAGGAGUUCUCCCUAUACCCAGCAGCCCCUCAGAUACUCUGAGUUCCUUUAAGUCCUCCUCUCCACAUCCCACUAAUAGAUAUUCAAACCUGUUGCUCCCCGCAAGCCCUUGGAACACUUUCUCUAAUUUAUCCUCUAAAUUCAAUAAAACAUUCAUUGCCUCCCCCACACACUUUACUAACUUCAGAAAAACAAAUCACUCAUUUCUUUCCCCUUCCUCCACUGUGCCAACAAAUAAAACUAACAUCUCAACCAACAUAAACACAACAAGAGUUCUCUCCUCUUUCCCUGUAGUCAGAAAAGCUCCUCUGCACCCCCUGCCUGUCUCACCUUUCACUAAAGCCCGGAUUGUAUCGACAUCACCACCUACCUUCUCUCUCCCCUAUGGGGGUGUUUUGCUGCUUCACUGUACUACAACUGGCAACCCCGUCCCAGUCAUUAUAUGGAGGACUCCCAGCAGGAAGCUGGUAGACGCAAACUACAGUUUUGAUAGACGUCUGAAGGUGCAUCCUAACGGGACCUUGUCAGUCCAGGCGGUGAGGCAGAGCGAUGCCGGAGACUACCUGUGUAUCGCACGGAACAAGGUUGCAGAUGAUUACCGCCUCCUACGUGUUGCUGUAGCCACAAAGCCUGCCAAGAUCGAACCAAAGCAACCGCUCAGUCACAUGGUGUUUUAUGGCAAACCACUGAAGGUGGACUGCCAGGCAUUCGGCCUGCCUGACCCAGUUGUUCAGUGGAGCCUGCCAGAUGGAACCAUGGUGAACAGUGUGUUAAAUGGGGAAGGCAGAGGACUGCGAUCCCGACGGCUAACUGUGUUUGACAAUGGGACAUUACUGGUUCCAGCAGUGGGGAUCAAAGAGGAAGGCGAGUACACUUGCUAUGCUGAGAACCAGGAGGGUCAAGACACCAUGAAGGUCAAAGUAAAGGUCACGAUGACAUCUCCUCCAACCUUUACGGAAGACAGAAGGCCCAGCAUUGUUAAAGUGCGUCAGGGAGCAACUGUCACAAUACCCUGCCUGGCCACUGGAAACCCUGUCCCAAAAGUUAUGUGGUUUUCGCCAACACACCGUGCCAUACCACAGAGUUUGGGAUCUCGCUUUUACUCUGGGCGUUCUGUGGUGGGUUCAGAUGGAACUCUGCAGAUUCGUUUUGCCCAAAAGGGUGACUCAGGAAACUAUACAUGCAGAGCGAUCAAUUCAGUUGGGGAGAGGAGCAAGGUAGUGAGCUUGGACGUUGAAGCCCCUACUUAUGGGCUCUAUGGUCAAACGGGAGAGAGAGGUUGGAGCACAAAUCAGCAUGGCACCACGUAUGCCACUAGGCCAGGAGAUAGCAUUGACAAUCCAAGGAUCACUGGGCACAGAUUUAUUCCAAAUAAAUUGCAGAGUAACAACAACAGUAAUAGCAAUGACUUUGGCAGAACAAGAAAUAUGUCACCGAGUAAUGGUGUUAAUUUAUCAAUUAGUGGGUCCCAUCCAACCAUCAGAAGUGAUAGUCAAAGAGGAUUUCACAGGAUUGUCAGUGGAGGUAACACUGGAAUACAUUUUGGGGAAAACAGGACACAGAAUGUGGGUAUUGAAGAUGAAAAUAGUGGCAUUAAAAGCAGUGGGUCUGUGAGGAGCAGCAGCAGGUCAGGUAACAGUCGUGACACAAUUAGAGGACAAACUGGGGAAUUGAAACCAGAGACUAUUAACAAUGAGUUAGUUGCAGAAAGGACAAACAGUGAUGGCAGUACCAGCAGAGACAGUGGCAGGUUAAAUGAUAUUUCAAGCAAUGUUGGAAACUUCAGGGUUAGCUUUUCCAGUUAUAAAGAAGAUGCAAAAACUAUUAGAGGAAAUGACUUUAGCCGAAAUAGUGAACUAAGAGGGACAAAUGAUAACAACAGAAGAGAUGGUUUAAGUGGUCACACUGACACAGUAGUGGGUGUGGUGACAACAACAAAAAAGCAGGCAGUUAAAGGUCAAACUGUGCUUCUUCCAUGUCCAUACCGAGGAAACCCUCCCCUCCGUCAGGCCUGGCUUCUUCCUGGAAAUGGUAUGUUGCCUGCUCCUUUUUACGGUAGUCGACUUAUUGUGCACCGAAAUGGCUCUUUAGAGAUUCGGGGUGUGCAGGUGGGUGAUAGUGGGACUUUGGUUUGUGUAGUGAAAAGUGAAGGAGAAGAAGCAGUGGCUCGGGUCGAGCUGGAGAUCUCAGAGCCACAGGGAGAGUUCAAACCAGUGCAAAGUCGACUAGUACAGGGAAAAACCCAAACAAUAUCACUGGAUUCAGCUCCACAGCCACUUUCACCUUUGUACCUUCAGAAGCGUGUGAAUCCGCUUGUGGUUCCUCAGCCAGUUAACUCACCCCCCGUCUUUGCCCCAGUCUCAGAGCCCAAAGUGAGCUAUAGAACCGCCCCUCUUGUCAGCAUCAUCAGUGGAGAGACUCUCCGCCUUAAGUGCCCUGCCUCCUCAGGUCAAACUUUUCUUACAUGGACCACGCCCAGUGGAAAGGUGCUGUCCAGGGGUGACAGGGAUGACUCUGGCCGUUUCAUUUUGCAAGAAGAUAGAACUCUUAUAGUGAACCAGGCUUCUGUGUUUGAUCGAGGUACCUACACCUGCAGAUCCUCCACCAAUGAUUCCUCCUCCAUUUCAGUCGUCACACUUCCAGUGAUUGUCAUUGCCUACCCACCCCGCAUCACAAAAGGUCCCUCUCCUAUGACCUACACUCACAUUGGAGUAGCUGUGGAGCUGCCCUGUCUGACCAUAGCAACACCCAGGGCAACAGUCACCUGGGAAACGCCUGACCUGACACAGCUGAGAAUGAUGGGUCAACCUCGCAUUUAUGGCAACAACUAUCUCAGCCCCCAGGGCUCUUUGGUGAUACAGAACCCGACACACAGGGAUACUGGAUUUUACAAAUGCACUGCUAAAAAUGUAAUCGGAACAGACAGCAAGGCAACUUAUCUGCAUGUUAUAUAAUGGACCAAACCAAGAAGAUGGAAGCUGACAUGCAAACAUACAAACAAGACACAUGCAGGCCACCAGUGCUUGUAACGCUGAAUGACCUCUACACAUGGUAAUGCAAAGUGUCACUUGUGCCCUCCAGAAAAAAGCAAAGCUUUAAGCCCAAGACACCCCAGAAUCUGAUAGACAGUACUCGGAAAAAAUGUCCUUUUAAUAAUGUAUUUUUUCAGUGUUUUAUCUUUUUUGCCAGAGGUUGAACAUUUUCUUCCAGGUACAGUAUUGCUCAAUCUACACAAAAUUUGUUUGUAGAUACACAUUUGCACCUUUGUUCCUCGCUUUAGCCUUUAUUGUUUUUUUUUUUAUUUUUAUUAUAGUUUACGGAAAAAAUACAACAGCACACAUUUUAGCUGUCACUUGUUUAGAGAGAUAUCUAACUGCAGUUUGUUUCUCACAGCUUCACUGCUUUACUAUGUGCAAAAACAUAAAACACCAAAAUUCUCACAAGAAAACAAUGAACUAUAGUUUAUUUAUGUACGAAACACAAAAGUUGUUCAGAUUUUUGUCCUCAUGUGAAGAAUUUGGUGGUCGUUUGACAGUUUUUAUGUUCAAUACAGACAAUAACUAAUGAUGCAAAACCCAGAUAAUGCAUUUGAUUUAAUCUGUCAAUACUAAAUAGUUUAAAAAGGGGGAAUUUGCACACAAAAAACGACUUCUCUGUCCUUCAUGUUUUCUUACAAACAUAUGCGCAUGCAUUGAAAAGCCAAACUGUGUUUGUUUAUUCCUCUCUAUCAGUUACUUCUUUGUGAAAAUGUUGCAGACCAUGUUUUGGUUGAGAUGUUGAAAUGUAACCAUGGCAUUUUCUUUAGUUGAUGUUUAGCUGUUAUUUGCAAACUAUCUGUUAUUAGAGGUUUGAUUUGGUGCUGUGUUGCAGAUGUAGCAAAUCCAUAAUUUUCAUAAGCAGUCAGAAUUGGAGUGUAAUUACCUCCAUGCACUACUCCAGUGAUUUCCUCACAGACAACGGAGGACUUUAUUGUUUGCCUCUGUAGAAAACAGUCUUCAAGGCCCAAAUAGUUUCUUCCUUUUGCCACUCAUCUUGAUAAGAUAUGCAUCACAGAGUCCUGUUUUUACAAUGUUAGUGGGAUACAGUGAGAUUUGGUUCAAAGCACUACUGUACACACAGCUGUGUCCUGGUCUUUGAAGAGUUUUCAUCAUUAUUUUAUAUCUAAAGCUUGUUUAACUGGUUGUAUGCCUCACAAGCUCUCCCCAAACUUGUGCCAAGAAAGAAGGUCAUUUUAUUUUCUAGUUUUUAUUGUAUGUUUAAAUUAUUUGUCAUAUAAAUUUUUUUUAAAGACACUUGUUUUUUUGUUUUUUUACUUAAAACAGCAAUUACUAUAAUUAUUUAAUGUUGUGCUUUGUCUGUUUUAUUAUUACAAGACUUGGUUUGAAUAAAAAAAGAAAAACCAAA